AUGUCUAAAGGUAAGGUUUGUUUGGCAUACUCAGGUGGUUUAGAUACCUCAGUCAUUUUGGCUUGGUUAUUGGAAGAAGGAUAUGAAGUUAUCGCUUAUUUGGCUAACAUUGGUCAAGAGGAAGACUUCGAAGAAGCCGAAAGAAAGGCUUUAGCAAUUGGUGCCACCAAGUUUGUUGUUGUUGAUGUCAGAAAGGAAUUCGUUGAACAAGUUUGUUUCCCAGCUAUCCAAACUAACGCUAUUUACGAGAAUGUCUACUUAUUAGGUACUUCGUUAGCUAGACCAGUUAUUGCUCAAGCUCACAUCAAGGUUGCUGAAGAAAACGGAUGUUUUGCUGUUUCUCACGGUUGUACUGGUAAGGGUAACGAUCAAGUUAGAUUUGAAUUAGCUUUUUAUGCAUUGAAACCAGAUGUUACUGUUAUUGCUCCAUGGAGAGACCCAGACUUUUUCAACAGAUUUGCAGGUAGAAAAGAUUUAUUAGAAUAUGCUGGUUCUAAGAACAUCCCAGUUGCUCAAACCAAGGCUAAGCCAUGGUCAACCGACGAAAACUUGGCCCAUAUUUCCUUCGAAGCUGGUAUUUUAGAAGAUCCUGAUACCACUCCACCUAAGGAUAUGUGGAAAUUGACUGUCGACCCACUCGAUGCUCCAGAUACCCCAGAAGAUUUCUCUGUUUACUUUGAAAAAGGUAUACCAAAGAAAUUGAUCUUAGAUGGUGGUAAGAAGGUCAUUACUGAACCAGUCGAAUUGUUUACUGAAGCUAACGCUUUAGCCAGAAGAAAUGGUGUCGGUAGAAUUGAUAUUGUUGAGAACAGAUUCAUUGGUAUCAAAUCUAGAGGUUGUUAUGAAACUCCUGGUUUGACCAUUUUAAGAUCUGCACACAUUGAUUUGGAAGGUUUGACUCUUGAUCGUGAAGUCCGUGCCAUUAGAGAUCAAUUUGUUACCACUACUUACUCCAAAUUAUUGUACAAUGGUAUGUACUUUACACCAGAAUGUGAGUAUGUUAGAACCAUGAUUGACCCAUCCCAAAAGACCGUAAAUGGUGUUGUCAGAGCUAGAGCUUACAAGGGAUCCUUGUCUAUUUUAGGUAGAUCUUCUGAUACUGAAAAGUUAUAUGACGAAACCGAAUCAUCUAUGGACGAAUUAACUGGCUUUUCCCCAGAAGACACAUCCGGAUUUAUUGCCGUUCAAUCCAUUAGAAUCAAAAAAUAUGGUGAAGCAGUUAGAGAAAAGGGUAAUACAUUAUCUUUAUAA